CCCGGAAUAGUAACGCCAUAUACUUUAUUAUAUCUAUUUAGUUGACGUAAAUUCAUUUGCGAGAUGCGGCUGUCAAUUCUUGUUGGACUUGUAACAACUUUUUCAGUUGUCUCUUGUAAAGAUCAUUCAUCUCAUCCAGAUAACACAUCUCAAGGAAGAUAUAAGGAUAGAAAGAAUAAACGUGGUAUUGGUGAUUAUUCAGGUGUACCGUAUGGUGGGCACUCUUAUCAAGGAUUUCAAACAUCUCCUUCUUCAGGUAUUUCAUUCACUCAGGGAUUUCCAAGUUUUCCGGGAUAUGCUCCUUUCGGGAGUUAUGGAAAUAUUAACCCGUUAAGCCAUAGUCCGCUUAACCUAUCGCCACAAACUUCACCUGGAUUUUCGACUAUAGGAGCCCAUAAUAUAGGACAAUCCUUGAACCUUGGUCAAAACUCUGGUUAUAAUUUCCAAUCACCUGGUUUGAAUUUUGCUAAUUUAUUAGGCAGUUCUAUAAGCAGUCAGAACCCAUACUUAUCUCCUAAUAUGGGUGUAUAUUCACAUAUGGAAAAGACUGGACCAAUCACCUUCAAUUCUCAGGGAACAGUGGCUACACAAGCACAACAACAAUAUACACCAAUAUAUCCAACUGGAUCUCAAGUAGGAUCUAGCAGUUAUAGUAUACCCGUGGUUCUGGGUUCGUCGCAAGUAUCCAAUCUACAAGGAUAUCGAACAUCUCCUUCAACUUUAAGUAGCUUAAGCUCUCAAGGACUCUCAAUUGGUUCAUCACCUGUCAAUAAUGGAGGGUCAUAUAGUGCUUCUUAUGCACCAUUAACAGGAGACUCUUCUUCCCAUAUUGUUACAGGCGGUUAUUCUAUGGCUGCGUCCACCCCUCAUCAAAAUACGUUAUUAUCAAGCUAUAGCAUACCGAUUUCUACAUUGACACCUGCGCCAUCCUCGUCGGAAUAUACAAUGACAAUUUCAGCUUCUCCUUAUAAUUCAGCAUUCAAUAAUCCCGCUUACAGUAACUCAUUGUCAGCUUCAAGUUAUCAAUUACCAUUAGCAGCCGCAGCUUACGCAAAUACUCCUUCAAGUUCAUCAGGUGACUAUACAAAAUACACCUCCGCUUCCUCCGACGAUAGUAUAUACACAACCAGUAACCAAAUGCGACUUGGAGCAGCUAUAAAAUUAGAAAGCCUUUCAAGCCCCGGCAUGCCUUCAUCAAGUACUAAUUCUGGAUAUUCAAAUUCUGGAAAUACAAAUUACGCAGUAUCUCCGAAUUAUUCGAGUAAUACAUUAAGGUCAAUUCCAUCAAAACAAUCGAGUUAUUUGUUAACAAGUUAUGGCACACCAGCAAUGUCUUAUUCUAUUCCAUCCACGAGUUAUGGUAUUCCAAGCCAUAGUCAAUCUCUUACUACUACUAAUUAUAAUACAAAAAAUUCGAAUCAAGCAUAUCCUAGCAUUAGCUUCACAUCCUCUAAUGGUCCUAACUAUUCGAAUUCUGAAAAUACACAUACUAUGCCGAGUCAAAGUUCGUCUUAUCAAACCGAGUCUCCUUAUAAAACUGCUGCUCGCGCCAUACUUUCUGUAAGUUCUUCUAGGCCAAGUACUAGUUACGAAUCAUCAACGAGUAGCUCCUCAAAUGACGCAAAUUCUAUCUUGAACUAUAAGAGUUCAUCCUCCAGACCAACUUCUAGUUUGUCGAAUUCAAUUGAAAAUUAUUCAUUACAAUCGACAUCGAAUUCGUAUGAUAGUGGCACCGAUUCUAGUAGUUCAUAUUCCAUUCCGUCCACUCGUUAUCACCGAUAUCCACCAAAUAGAUCGAUGCCUUAUAUCGACAGUGGAGAAGCAACAGGUUACGAUACAAUUUCAUAUUCCGUGCCUAAUGCAAAGUACUAAAUAGAGAUUAGUCUGUACUUCUGUGUCA